AUGAAUAAAUUCAAAGCCGACUUCCCUGCGUACGCUGCCAGGAUCGACGCUGUGAACGCUCGCAUGAUCGAUUUCUGCAAGUUGGCUAAGGAGACGAUUUACCAUCCUGACCUGAGAGGUUCACAUUCGAUCAAGGACGUUCUUCCUGCUCUUGUCCCUGCAUAUCGGACUGCCUACAAGGACCUUCCGAUCAACAACGGCAGACUUGCUGCUGUCAAGUUCGAGGCGAUGAAAGUUGCAGACCCUCAACAGGCUCAGGUCCUCCGUCAAAACCUCCUCAACUACUGCAAGCUUGACACCCUGGCCUUGGUCGAGCUCCACCAGGCGAUGCUUCGCAUGCUAUGA